AUGACAAGAGCAAUGCUCCUGGUGUUAUUCCCUCAAGACAACAAAGCCAAGUUCAACUUCCCUUCUCCUUCUAAGUCUCUUGUCUCCAAAGCACAAUCCACUAUCUCAAUCUGCCUCCUUCUCUUUUUCACAACUCUCCUCCUUUUUACUCUCUCCACCCUCCCAAACACCCCUCACACCCCUCCCACUCACCCUCCUAAACCCACCCCCCACCACCUGGCUCUCCAGCGCAUGGGCACUCUCCACCGCAGAGGCACCAAAUCCAUGUCCGACCUCCUCAUCUGCCACGUGCCUGACGAAACCCCCCUCCAAGACUUCCGCAUCUUCCUCCGCCUCCUCCACCGUUCUUCCCUCACUUCCUCAUCCGACGUCGUUUUCCUCUUCCCUUCUCCUUCCUCAUCCAUCAAAUUCACCCAUAUUAUUCUUCAAGAGAACACCGCAUUCUCUUCUUUGCUGCACCUCCACGCGCACCUCAACUCCACGCGCUGGCGCCAACACCCCAAAUCCACCUUCGACCCCAAUCGCUUCAUCUCCAAAACCACACAACAACAACAACCACUUUGGGGUCCCAAAACAAGAACCAACUCAAACCGGUCCCACUCACUGAGUUACGGAUCGGUGCUGAGUUUCGACGCCUCCGAACUCGACCCGGAGAACUCGCUCUCGAGUUUCCUCGACAAAGUCCCCCUCACUCUCCGGCGCUGGGCGUGCUACCCAAUGCUACUCGGCCGAGUCAGACGCAAUUUCAAACACGUCAUGCUCGCCGACGUGAGAAGCCUCUUGAUUUUAAAGGACCCUCUCGCCCGAGUGAGGAAUCGGAGCCCCGACUCGGUCAUUCUCUUCACGAAAACGGAGAAGCACGGGAAGAGAACUCAGCGCGCGGUCGUCUCCUCCGUUAUCAUGGGCGGAGCUCGCGGCGUACGGCGGCUCUCCGGCACGGUGGUGGUGGAGAUCGUCCGCGCCGCCACGCAGCACAGGAAGAAGAAAAACUCGGUGUCCGAGUCGGCUGUACUGAGUCAACUCGUCGGCGGGAGCGAGUUUGUGUGGAAAAACAAGAACGUUAAUUUGAUAGCUUCGUCCGAGUCAAUACCCGAGUUAACAAGUGCAAGUGCAAGUGCAAGUGCAAGUGUAAGUGCUGCUUCUUCAACGACGUCGUUUUCGGAUUCCGCGAUGGUUCAACGUGGUGUGAGUAAUCACGACCUUAAUUAUGUCAUCAUGAGGCAAAUUUGUUCGUCUGUGGUAGAUUCUUCUGUCUAUAGCGAUUGUUAG